AAGAGGAAGAUACUGAGCAAGUAAAUGUAAAUGAAUCCUAUCUCAUAAGAACGCAGGUAGCAUGUGCUUGUGCCAUUACAACCACCAUCGCUGAAGCUUGGGACCAAUCAAGCAAUGGAGAUGGCCAGACGGGAGAUGUGCAUGAAGACAUGAAAGCCAAGUUUUGUGCCAAUAAAAGUUACAGUCACAGAGUUGAGAGUUUAAAAGAAAAAAUAACCGCAUCAGUGUUUGUUUAUCUAAUCUUUACUCUUAAGCGAUGAGUCAAACUCAGGCAAGACAGACGCAGACUCCGUAUUCCGUCAAAGCCCUACCAUAUACACAAAAACGAUGGCUUUUCACUCUGACUUCGUCGAGUUUGGGUCACUUUUCACCUCUGACAAGCAAGAGGAGCUCCGGUGAGAAAUGGAGGCCAAGAGUAAGAAAUCAGGAGCCACUCGUCUCUGCUGCUUAUGCAACCUGAGACGUCCCGUUCUCAAACGUCCCAAAACCCUUCAACAGAUAUGCAGAGAGUGUUUCUAUGAGGUUUUUGAGGAGGAGAUUCAUCAAGUCAUUGUUCAGAAUCGUUUAUUCAAAUCCGGUGAACGAGUUGCUAUAGGUGCCUCUGGUGGAAAAGAUUCUACAGUUCUAGCAUAUGUGUUAUCAGAACUAAACAGACGGCACAAUUACGGAUUGGAUCUCUUUCUCUUGUCCAUAGAUGAAGGCAUUACGGGUUAUCGUGAUGAUUCACUUGAGACCGUUAAACGGAACGAAGUCCAAUAUGGUUUGCCUCUUCAGAUUGUUUCAUACAAAGAUCUGUAUGGAUGGACAAUGGAUGACAUUGUAAAAAUGAUCGGUUUGAAGAACAAUUGCACCUUUUGUGGUGUAUUCCGUCGACAGGCACUUGAUCGAGGAGCUGCGUUACUAAAAGUAGAUAAGCUAGUCACUGGACAUAAUGCAGAUGAUAUAGCCGAAACCGUUCUCUUGAACAUAUUGCGUGGGGAUAUUGCUAGAUUAAGUCGGUGCACAUCGAUUACUACUGGUGAAGAUGGUCCCAUUCCAAGAUGUAAACCUUUCAAGUAUACAUACGAAAAGGAGAUUGUCAUGUAUGCUUAUUUCAAGAAGCUGGACUACUUCUCUACUGAAUGCAUUUACUCUCCUAAUGCGUAUCGUGGGUUUGCCCGUGAGUUCAUCAAAGAUUUGGAAAGACUAAGGCCAAGGGCGAUCCUGGACAUCAUAAAAUCUGGAGAAGAUUUUAGAAUAGCAACAACCACAAAGAUGCCUGAGCAAGGAACGUGUGAGAGAUGUGGGUAUAUUUCUAGCCAGAAAUGGUGUAAAGCUUGUGUUUUGUUAGAAGGACUGAACCGUGGUUUACCUAAGAUGGGUAUUGGAAGACCCAGAGGCGUAAAUGGUGAUCAUAAAAAGGAAACAAAGAAGCCUGGACCUGCUGUGAAAUCUAUAGAGAGCAAACAAUGUGGAUCUCUGGAUUUCUAAAAUUUUGGUAACUAAAAACUAAGAAAAUCUUGUUCCUUUCACAAACUUAUUUUUCUUUUUGGCUGGGUGUGUAUCUGAAUUGUUUUAUUAUGAUAAAAAUAUGUGCACUAAUUUCCAAUAUUUUUUAGUUUUUCACU